AUGAAGCACGUGCUUGGCACGCUGGGGCUUUGCGCUUUCUUGCUUGUUGCGCAUGGUCUCGCCUCGGACAUGUGUCCCGAUGGGCAAGAUGAAGCUGCUCAUUUGCAGGUUAAGGGGAAUCUCUCCGCACAGCUGGAGACAAAGAGUCCAGCUCAGAAGUGGCGUCGGUUCCGUUGGCGCAAAAGACGCUACGGUCAUUACAGCAAGUACGGUUAUUACGGGCCCAAAACGACGACUUCAACAACUACUCCAACAAUGACACCGACGGCAAGCAGCACGGAGGCAACUACAACAACCCUUUCCACAACGACGAGCAGCACGGAGGCGACGACGACCACGGCAGCAAGUACAAGCAGCACGGAGGCAACGACGAUGUCAACAACUGCGAGUACCACUACCGCAGUCUUGGUGCCUCGCUGGAUCAUGGGCCCAAAUCCGAACCCUCCAGGAGCACCGAAUUGCCCUGGAUGCACCCAGGUUUGUAUCGACAACGGCUACACGCAGUGCGGGCCAGAUGAGAUGGCGCAGAUCAACACCAGGACUGCCGUUGUUGCUUUGGUGGAAAGUGUGUUCAACCUCACCUGCUCGGCAACCAAUGCAGGGAGAAGCUAUGCAGGGUCACCAUUUUUCGAUUUCAGGGCUAACAACUGCAUCUACUACACUGGAGGAUCGCCAGGGAACAUUGACUGCUCGCGCAAUAGUUUCCCAACAGUCCAUUCAGUAAUCUGUUGGUGCAAGUAA